GCAAAUAUGAGAACGUCAAUGAGACCGGAUGAUAGACAUCCUCACGACGAAGACGAGAAGGCUUAUGAUGUUAAUCGACCUUCUGAGUCUCCGUCCGGCGACGACUUGGACAGUGGCCGUAGCAGCGAAGAAGCUCAAGCAGGUGUCAAGCGCAUCGAAGCUGUGAGCAAGGCCUGGACUGUGACCAGUUUAACAAUUGCCUAUGUCACGCUUAUGCUUCUUGCAAAUAUCACGUCCUUGGAGAUUCAAGUCACCUCUAAUCUAACUGCCUACGCAACUAGCUCAUUCCGCGCACAUUCUUUAGUUUCUACAGUCGCCGUUGUACAGAGCGUUGUAAGCGCCGUUAUCAAGCCUCCCAUGGGCAAGAUUGCUGAUGUAUUCGGUCGCCUAGAAUCAUUCAGUCUUUCUAUUCUAUUCUACACCCUAGGCUACAUUCAACAGGCUGCAUCAAACAGCGUUCAGACCUACGCCGGUGCUCAGGUCUUCUGGGCUGCCGGCUUCAACGGACUCCAGGUUUUGCAACAGAUCUUCGUUGCUGAUACAACGGACUUGCUCAACCGCGCUCUUUUCUCGACCAUCUUCGACUUACCUUUCCUCUGGACGACGUGGGCAGGACCUGAGGUCGCGGCCAGCAUUCUCGCUAAUUCGACCUGGCGUUGGGGUUAUGGAAUCUGGGCUAUCGUUCUCCCUGUCUGCUUUAUCCCUCUCGCUCUGAGCCUGUUCAUGAACCAACGUCGCGCAAAAUCGCUCGGUUUGGAAAUACCAAGCCCCUUCAAAGGAAAAACAGUAGGCCUUGUCUUCAAGAACCUCUGGUACGACCUUGACGUCUUUGGGCUCCUCCUACUGGCAACCGGUAUUUCGUUGAUUCUGAUUCCGCUCACGCUCGCUCCAAAUGCAAGUGGACAAUGGCGGAACGCCAGUAUGAUCGCUAUGCUGGUCAUUGGUGGCGUUGUUUGCAUCAUCUUUCCGUUCUGGGAGAGGAGUAAGAAGCUUGCGCCAAAAGCUUUCUUUCCACCAAAUCUCUUCAAGAAUAGGACAGUCGUUGCAGGUGUCGCGAUCGCCUUCUUCUAUUUCAUGGCCUUCUACAUGAGCGUAUUCCCGUACUUCUUUUCGUACUUGCUCAUUGUUCAGAGACAGUCCCUGGUUACUGCAGGCUACAUCACCCGUGUCUUCACGUUCGCUUCGACUGUGUCCUCUAUCGUGGUGUCUCUGUUCAUCAAGUACACUGGACACUACAAGUACUUCGUCACAGCUGGAGCAUGCAUCUACAUUAUGGGCUUCGGACUCAUGAUCGCCUACCGUACUGAGAAUGCCUCAACAUGGACUAUAAUUGGCACUCAGGUAGCCGUCGGAAUCGGCGGAGGGUUUCUCAAUGUCCCGGCCCAGCUCGCAGUUCAAGCUUCUGCGUCGCAUCAGCAGGUCGCUGCUGCUACCACUGUGUUCCUUACCAUCCUCGAGGUCGGAGGUGCUGUCGGUUCAGCAGUCUCUGGUGCCAUUUGGAGCUCGUAUGUUCCAUCAAAACUUCAGCAGUACCUCCCGUCUGAUCUUGCUCCGAAUUACGCCACUAUCUAUGGAGAUCUCACUGUCGCCUCCAACUACACACUUUACCCUGUCGGCACCCCCGAGCGCAUCGCCAUCAACAGAGCAUACCAAGAGACUAUGCGGUACAUGCUUAUUGGCGCGAUCUGCGCAGCUGUACCAAUCCUACCUCUGUCUCUAUGUCUGAAAAACUAUAAGCUGGAUCAGAUGAAGCAGCCCGUUGAGGGAAAGGUCAUUGGCAAUUCGCAGAAGCGCGAGACAACAAAGAGUUGGAGGUUCUGGGGACGGAAAUCCAACACACCCGUUGUUUCUUGAGUUCGGAUAAACUUCAGUACGUAUUAUAGUAAGACAUAUUAAUUUGACUCCAUGGAUUGCAUUGAUCAGAAACCAAUUGUCCCUUCCUAAGACAUAAGAGCCGCCAGAACGACUGAGAUAGAUUACAGUUCAGAGGUGAUCCGACCUGGCCGGCCUUGAACUUCCAGAAGACACCCUCGACAGCGAGAUUGGAGCAAGAAACACAAUUGUCUGGCCCCAAGAUGACACUAGGCUACCACGACGAGGAAGUCAAGAUACCACGCUGCGCAGAUACCCACCUUCUGUAAAUUGUGUAAUU